AUGGCCGACGCACUUAAGGCCGAGGGCAACAAGCUCUUCUCCGCCAAGCAGUUCCCCGAAGCUAUUGAAAAGUUCUCGCAGGCCAUUGAGAUCGACCCCUCCAACCAUGUGCUCUACUCCAACCGCUCCGCAUGUUACGCCUCGCUGAGGGAUUUCGACAACGCCCUCAAGGACGCUGAGAAGACGACCGAGAUCAAGCCCGACUGGAGCAAAGGCUGGGCACGGAAGGGCGCAGCCUUGCACGGCAAGGGCGACCUUGUCACCGCCGUCGACGCAUACGAAGAGGCUGUCAAGCUCGACCCCGCCAAUGCCCAGGCGAAGUCCGGCCUCGAGGCUGUCCAGCGCGCCAUUGAGGCUGAGGCUCGUCGCGAUGGCGCCGACCCCACCGGCGGCCUGGCCAACAUGUUCAACGACCCUCAGCUCAUCCAGAAGCUCGCUUCCAACCCCAAGACCGCUAGCCUGCUGGCCGACCAGGAGUUCAUGCAGAAGCUCCAGCGCAUAAAGCAGAACCCCCAGAGCGUUGGUAUGGAGAUGCGUGAUCCGCGCUUCCUCCAGGUCAUGAGCGUGCUGCUCGGCAUCGACAUGAGCUUUGGCCAGCCGCCCGAGGGCGCCCAGGAAGCUCCCAAGCCCGCCGAGGCCGAGGAGGAUGUACCCAUGCCCGACGCGAGGCCCGAGCAGCCUAAGAAGGCCCCCGAGCCGGAGCCCGAACCGGAACCGGAAGAUGAGGACGCGCUGAAGAAGAAGGAGCUGAAGGCGAAGGCCGACGAGGAGAAGGCCCUUGGUACUCAGUUCUACAAGAAGAGGCAGUUCGACGAGGCUAUCGAGCACUACUCGAAGGCAUGGGAAAUCUACGAGGACAUCACCUACCUCACCAACUUGGGUGCUGCCAAGUUCGAGAAGGGUGACUACGAUGGCGCCAUUGAGGCCUGCCAGCGUGCUGUCGACCACGGCCGUGAGGUUCUUGCCGACUUCAAGCUGAUUGCCAAGGCCUUCGGCCGUAUUGGCACUUCGUACGAGAAGAAGGGUGAUCUGGGCAAGGCCAUCGAAUUCUACCAGAAGUCCCUCACCGAGCACCGUACCCCCGACAUUCUCACCAAGCUUCGCGCGGUUGAGAAGGCCAAGAUCAAGGCCGAGAAGGAGGCCUACAUCGACCCCCAGAAGGCCGAGGAAGCUCGCGAGCUCGGCAACGAGAAGUUCAAGAACGCAGACUGGGCUGGUGCCGUCGAGGCUUACAGCGAGAUGGUCAAGCGCGCCCCCGAAGACCCUCGUGGUUACAGCAACCGUGCCGCUUGCUACAUCAAGCUCCUUGCCUUCCCUUCGGCUGUCCAGGACUGCGACGAGGCCAUCAAGCGUGACAACAAGUUCAUCCGUGCCUACCUCCGCAAGGCUCAGGCUCUCCAGGCCAUGCGCGAGUACAACAAGGCUCUGGAUGUGCUUACCGAGGCCUCGGAGCACGAUGACGGCAAGAACGCUCGUGAAAUUGAGCAGGCACAGCAGAAGGCCAUCCAGGCCCAGUUCUCGGCUCGUGAGGGCGAGACCGAGGAGCAGACCAUGGAGCGUAUCCAGAGGGACCCUGAUAUCGUCCGCAUUCUGCAAGACCCCGUCAUGCAGAGCAUCCUGCAGCAGGCCAAGGGCGACCCGGCGGCUCUGCAGGAGCACAUGAAGAACCCGCAAGUGCGCGCGAACAUUCAGAAGCUGAUCGCGGCCGGCGUCAUCCGCAUGGGCCGCGAUGACUCAUCCACCAUUGCCACGCCUAUCAUCACCGUGUCGGGACCAGACGGGGAGGACCUGGAGCCAGAGAUAGACGAUUUCAUCGAUACGGAGGAGCUGGAUGAGCAAGCCAUGCGGGACUUUGCAGAUCUGUUAAUGGGCACGGGACUGCACCCGGUCUACACCGGCUCUGCUUUCUUGUGA